GGGCAGCCGAUAGCUCCGCCCUCGCCGCCGAGCCGUGUGUCGGGGUCUCGCCGUGUCGGGAUGAGCCGCGUUUCCCCAUGGAGACCAAACGGGCCGAGAUCCCCAGCAGCGUCCUGGACGACCUAUGCAGCCGAUUUAUUUUGCACAUUCCAAGUGAAGAGAGAGACAAUGCAAUCAGAGUGUGUUUUCAGAUUGAACUUGCCCAUUGGUUUUACUUGGAUUUCUACAUGCAAAACACACCAGGAUUACCUCAGUGUGGGAUAAGAGACUUUGCAAAAGCUGUCUUCAGUCACUGCCCUUUUUUACUGCCUCAAGGUGAAGAUGUACAAAAGGUUUUAGAUGAGUGGAAGGAAUAUAAAAUGGGAGUGCCAACUUAUGGUGCAAUUAUUCUCGAUGAGACACUUGAAAAUGUUCUUUUGGUUCAGGGCUAUUUAGCAAAGUCUGGUUGGGGAUUUCCUAAGGGAAAAGUGAAUAAAGAAGAGGCUCCUCAUGAUUGUGCUGCUAGAGAGGUGUUUGAAGAAACUGGGUUUGACAUAAAAGAUUAUAUUUGUAAAGAAGAAUACAUUGAGCUGCGAAUUAACGACCAGCUAGCACGGCUGUACAUCAUUCCAGGAGUUCCCAAGAACACAAAAUUCAAUCCCAAAACUAGAAGGGAAAUUCGGAACAUUGAGUGGUUUUCCAUCGAUAAAUUACCAUGCCACAGAAAUGACAUGACCCCCAAGUCCAAGCUAGGUUUGGCACCUAACAAAUUUUUUAUGGCCAUUCCUUUUAUCAGGCCAUUGAGGGAAUGGAUUUCCCGAAGGAAUGGAGGAGAUUCCUCAGAUAGUGACAGAUUUUCACCUACAGGGAGUACACCCUCUAAGCCCAACUUGGAAAAAGCUAGAUCCAGACUUCGUAGUAGUCAACAGCUGUUCACAGAUGGUUCUUCAGGAGAGCAGUGGAUGAAGCAAAAGCAGCAACAAAAGCCAUGUAAUCAUCCUGAGAUGUCCGAAGUGUUAAAAACAAAGAGUCAGAGCUUGAAGGGCAAUGGCAGAAAGCAGAAUCAAGACACUCCUGCCCAAAAGAAGAGAAAUGGAGUCCACAGUCAACCAGCUAAGCAAAACCAUGCCUUGAAAUGUGAAAAAAAGCUUAAUCCAAGAAAACUUCUAGAUAACUUUGAAACAGAUGCAGCAUAUGAGAUCUGCUGUUCUGGUGAAGAUUCGCUGCAGGAACAUGUAGAGGGGCACUCUGUGGCAUGCAAUGGCAAUUACAAAUUUGCUUUCUCAUCUAGGGCUUUCUUGAGUUUCAAGUUUGACCACAAUGCCAUAAUGAAAUGUUUCGACCUCUGACAGCAAAUCUUUUACGAACAAAGUUCAGACUUGCCUGUUGCAAUUGAGGGGGUUUCUUAUCUAAGCCUUACUCUUUCUCAGGAGUUUUUUAAUUAUUGUUGUUGAAUUUUUGUUGUUGUUCAUUUGUAUUUAAAUGCAAUGCAGGGACUGACUGGUGGUUUGGAAGGGCUUGUUCUCUUUGCAGUAUCAGAGUGGCAUAGUCGAGUGUUGCACUUUAAAUGCAGUAUAGCCUUUGUCCACAGAAGUACCUUUCCAACCCUCAGUUCCUAGCCGUGCGUUAGAGGGCAUUCUUUUUCCUCAAUUUUUUUUAACUUGUGUUUUUUUUUUCAGAUUGUCAUUGACAUUGACUCUUCCUUUGUACUGCUGGAGUACACCAGCUUGUUAGACUUCUAACUGCUCUGAUGUAAAUUAUUGGACUCGUUAGUCGUUAUUUUAUAGUGCAUUGCAAUAUUACGGCAGCGGCAAUGAAACUGGUUCUCAGAGGACUCCUCUGUCUGUCCUGGUAAUUUUGAAACCGGAAGUUGCACAUUUCAGACCUUGCCUCAGCCUAUUAUCCUUUCUUUCCUGAUUGUUUGCCAGCCGUAUCUUCCCUCCUUCACACUGAAAACGAACUUCCAUUGGCUGGCAAUCAGUAAUACAUGGGUCAAAUUAUAGCAAUUUGACUUCUCAGGUAUCUACUCUGCCACCGUUUCUGGCAAGGAUACGCAGAGUAGGUAGAACUUAGCCAUUCAGAGUGUCUAAUUUCAACUCCUACCCAGCUAGGAACAGCAUAUAAAAAGAAGUUUAAAAGUUCUGUGUUAUCUCAGUUGUAGCUGCUUUCAAAAAAAGAAAAGCUCAGACUUGCUUGUGGGAGGUUUCUUGUGUAGAAUUUAUAUUGAAUGUAAAUAAGCCUCUACAUCUUGCCAGGAGGAAAGAAGGUGCAUGGAUAAUAGAAUCAUUGUGUAACACUAAAUGACUUAAUCAGGCUUGCAAUAACUAUUCUAAGGAUGUCCAGUAUUGUAUUCCAUGCUGUUGUCGUCAGUUCUUUCCUUUAGUUUAUGCUCUGUAUAUGUAUAUAUAUAUACAUAUAUAUAGUAGUAUUGAAUUGCACUUGCAGUUUGCAUUUUAAUGAUGUAGCCUCAGUCAUUUUCAGCUACAACACUUCCUUAGUAAAAAUAUCAAAUGUACAAAGAAAAAAAAAAAGCAGUAACAGUUGAGGUGAUGAACUGUUAAGUGUUAAAUCACCUUAAUGAUUCAUAUUAGUGAUUUGAACACGAGCUUUGCAGCUGAGAGAAACACACUGAACUUACUUGAUAGAGUAGCUUGUGUUAUCAGGCAUAUUGUCCCAUAUUUAAGAAUGGAGUUCUAUCUAAAGUUAAGAUGUGUGAUCAGUAACUUUGACGCUGAAUGAACUAGGCCCUCCUCUCUCAUUCAAAGCGUAUGCACAUGCACUGAGUCUUUAUGCAACUCAUGUGGCAUCCAAAAACACAAUCCUUGUCUUCCUUUAACUACCCUGCUUCAUUUAUUACCUAGUGUUUUUCCUCAGAAAUAGCUUUAGAAUCUGGCUUGUUUUAUCAACAGGUGAUUUGGGAUUCUAAUGCUCUAACACUUUUGGCAACAGGAAUCGUGGAUUUUUCUAUCAGAUAGCAGGAGAAACAGACUACAGCAUUUCUUCCUUCUGGAGGACAAGAGUCCUUAGGGCCUUGUUUUUCAAGACCAAAUCAUGAAAUAACUCAAUCUAGCUUUGUCUCACCUUGUUUUAAAAAUAAAUAAAUAAAUCCAAAGGCUGUUUAAAAAAAAAAAAAAAAAGUUGAUAAGUACAGUAAAUGAAAAGGUGGGAUAAUGCUGGAGGAGAUUACUCAGCUUCAGGUAAAAGUAAUCCUUAGUUACGUCUCUAGUGCAAGUAGUUGAUUUCCCAGCAAAAGUGCCUUUACUCAUGGUGAGGCAGAAGUUUGUAUUCAUAUCUGGAGGCUGCUGCUGCUGCCUGUAGGGUUAGCAAGACUCUCCUGGGGCAUGAUUCAGUAUCAGGCUGUGGAAAUCUGUAAAAUGUAGGUUGAUAUUUAAAAAAAAAGAAGUUAUAUUUCAUGUAGUGCUCUGUGAAAUAAGGGGAAUGUUGAUGAAACCGCGAACUUGGAACUUCUGUCGCAGACAGAGGAAGUCUUUAAAAUGAAGCGUGUCCUAUGAACAGGAGUUGCUGGGUGCUUUCUCUUCACUGGAUCAUUUUUUUUGUUCCUAGUGAAAGCCUGGCUCAGCGUAAGAGAGACAGAUUGCUUCAUUAAGCAGCCCAAAGUGGGGCUUAUACACGUUAAUGAUUUUAGUAAAUCUAGCCUUAAUGUGAGUUGCAAAUAAAUGUGAUAAAUAUGCAAUAACUUUUACUUCUUUGUAUAAGGGUACUGUUCCUUGUAGUAGUAUUGCUUUCUGCUUCCUAAGUAAGGUUGCUAAAACAACGUGAGUGUGGCGGCAUGUGACCUAUUCUAUGGUUUCCAUCAUGCCCUGCACUGUGAGCAUUUUGGACUGUUUACUAUUAGUUCACGUGCUUAUUUCACCAUCAUUUUAUAGUGAAAUAUAUUUCCAAGUUUAGAACUAUACAGUUUACAUUCUUUUCUGUAAAACAGCGAAGAAAUAACAAGCGAGAGAUUUUAAUUCAGUUUUUAUUUUUGGGAGCUGGACACAGGGAAAUAAGUAACUGCAUGUCAGACUUAAGAGGUGACGUCAGGAUGCUUGUUAGAACAAGCCAGAAUGUUCCCCUAGAAGGGGCCAGUCUAUCAGUUGUGCAGAAUGCCUUGAAGACUGACUGAAGAGUGAUUUUUACCAAAUUGAAUUAAGGAUGCUCUGUGCUGUUGCGUUAACUUCAGCUCCUUGAUGUACAUGCAUAAUUCUGAAAAUACCUGUGUCCUGCAUAGUUUGAAGUCAGGAAAUGGUGGUAUUGAGAAAAGGGGAUAUAGCUUUAUUUACUGCACAAUCAAAGCUUUUUAAUUUUUUUUUUUACACAAUUUAAUUUUAGACCAAACCUGCGUAAGUAGUUUGUAACAUAAUUUUGGGCCUAGUUCUUUUACCAGGCUUCUGUGCUGUGCUCCAACCUUCCAGAUCUAGCUUAGUGAAUUGAGAACAAUGCUGAUAAUGUUUUUCCUUCACCUACGUGUGGCUGUUGUUUACGUAACAGUUGCAUUUAUAAGCAAGACAGACUUUGAGUCUGGCUAUUCUAUUCUAAUAGACUUGCUCUCACACUGAACAUUUUUUCCAGCUCUUUGCGUUUAUUGAUUUGCAGUGUAUAGCAGCACUCAUACCAUUCUAGUAUGACAAGCAAGAGUCUGCAUUAGGAAUCCAAGCUCUAAUGUCCUGUGGUACAGAUGGCACUGCUAUCCGUAGGUGACUGGCUUCCCAGUUGUUGGGAAGCCCGUUAAUUCUUAAUUACUUUCUUUUUUUAAAAGAAAUUUUAAGCACCAAGUUUUUUCAGAGAUAAAAUCGCGUGCCUUCAUCUUUUAAGUUAGAAAGUUACACUCUGAGAACUGAUAGAAUGGCCUCUCUUGUUGAUUUAAAAGCAGAUUAUUCACAGAAAGUUGAGCUUGCACUAUAACUGUUGAAGAAUCUGGUGCUUGCGUGUUAAUUCAUACGAAUUUCAGUUUGCUUGUGUUAUUAAAAUAUUUCAGCUUUUGAAGCAAUCAAAAUAAUUUAUGUGGAAAAUUUCUACAAACUGAAGGUGCUUUUAUAGUAAAUUAGGCUUGGAAAUGUCACUACUCUUGCACAGCAGAUCUUUUUCUAAUGUGUUUAUAGUUAUAGUCUAGUUGAAGAAUGAAAGAAAUAGGUGAAGUACGAGUAUCGGCACUGCUCUUAAUACUGUACGUAUGCACUGAUAGAUGCAGUAGGAUUUGUGCUGUGUGUGUGCAUUUAACUGUUUCAAGUAGGUUGUGAACUUACAAGCAAGAAGAUGUAGCAAUUACAUUGGCCAUGCUCAAGAUCAAAUUACUUGGAUUAGUAGGAGUACAUUAAAAUCUAAUGCUUGGGUUCUAACCUAUCUUUUAAUGAAAAGUGUUAGGUUAAACUAGACCAACUUACAGAUUCCACUUUACUGGAACACUUAUCUUUUAAAUAGCUCUCAGCUGUGGAAUACUUCUGGGAAGAAAAUGUAUCUUCAGUUCAUCUUUCAAUGUUGGGAGAAAGGGAGAAACAAGUAUACUUUUUUUUUUUUCCCCCACAGGGUACAAAAUGUUUAAAAUUUAGUAGGUCCACCCUGAAUUUUAUGGAAAAUACUUGAUCAGAAGAACUAAGUUGCAAUUUGUUUGCAUUAUGGGUUAUACUUCAGCGCCCUGAAGAAAGAUAACUACAGCCCAUGGAGUUCUGAUUUUAUAACAAGCAUCCACAGCUUUUUUAAGAGUACAGCACCUACAAACUCCGUUCUCUACAACACACUUUUCACUGAUAAAAGUUUACUUGCAAGUUUUUUUGUUUUUUUGUUUAAAGCAUGUUUGAGUAAAAUUAUUAAACUAGGGAGACAAACCAUUUAUUCUUACUGUUUGGGUACAUACUUCUGUUAUACAGCAAAAGUUUGUAAAAUUGCAUGAUUUAAGAGCUCUCAGCAAAUAAUUCUCAAGCCUAUACUUAACACAGGAUCUUUAAGGAACUUUGCCAUGUCUGCUUGGCACUGCAGAAUGUGGAAGCAGUACUUCAGCCCUGAGGAGCAGUCCAUACAGGUGUGCAAGAAACUUGAACAUGUGGAAAACAACAACAACAAGAAGCAACAAAAAACAAAGACAAACAAAAAAACCCCACAAGAAUUAAAAAAAAACAAAAAGCAACAACAAAAACCGAGAAGAAAACAGACCGCACAGAGGAAGUUGGGGGUUCAUUCAUUCAUUUAUUCAUUCAUUCUGGUUUAAUGCUGAAUCCCUGUACCUGCUGUGGGACAUGGGCUGACUCAGAUAUUGCUGCCUGAAGAAGACUUUUGUGUGCAGUGUUGCAUGCCUUGCAGCAAAAUAGAGAGCCCGUGUUUUAUUCUGUGGCUCAUGCAUGAUGGUUUAUGUCUUCCUCCUGUAAGCUCAAGAACUUAGCUGUUUUCCUCACUGGUAUGGAAGUGGCAUAUCAGUGCUAAGUAGAAAGUACUUACAGCUAGUUGUGGGUUGAACCUAUGUAAAGUUACAGAUUUUAUUCAACUUCCAUGAUGUUAUCUUGAAGAGGGUUUGUAUUGGCCAGCUCUUUGAUUUUAGCAAAUAAAAUCUGUAACUAUCUGUAA